AAUCUCUACCCGGCCUGAUUAUACUUUCUGUCGCUUCCUAUCAUGCCACUACUCUAUUAUUGGUCUGCGGAUGACGGCUAUCUGUGCGUCUGGAGAAUGGUUCACCAGAUAAAUAGCCGUCGGCCCCAGCUGCUCGUCUUCGUGUCUCCCUCCCUCCAAAGAUCGCCUGCUCAUCUACUCUUCUUCUUCUUCUCUUCUUUCUCUUCAGCUCAUUAUACACCGUCAUGGCUCAGCCAGCGAGUGUCGUCCUCGAUGGAGGGGAUCCUCGGCUGCAUGAGAAAGAGCGUGAGGCAUUUGAUGCCGUUGCCUACGGCACUGCUGCUAUCCGUCCGCAACACCGCAAGGUGCAUGAUUCUAGUGUCACCUUCGAGGAGUACUAUUACUACGCCCAGUUGACCCGUGCCGAAGAAGAGUCGCGGCCCAACGGGGACAAGGAACGGGGAUGGCUGUCCCUCAUCUUCCCCUCCAAGUCGGGCGGCGGCAUCCAGCCGGUGCCCGAAAACACGUCGGAAGAUGCUAAGACGCUCAGCGCCGGCGAUGCAGCUGGCCAACUGACCAUCACCGACGAGGAGUGGACCAAUGCGUCCCGGGCGCUGCGGACGGCCACCCGAGGAGCCAUCUUCUAUCUGAUCACCACCGACAUCCUGGGUCCUUUUGGUCUGGGUUAUGCCUUUGCGACCAUGGGUUGGGGUCCCGGGGUUGCAUUGUACACUGUCUUUGGUGGCCUGGCUGCCUAUUCCGGCUAUCUCCUCUGGUCAGCCUUCGGGGAUCUCGGUUUCCGUCUGUAUGGCCGGUGGAUGCGAUAUCUCUUCAACGUGCUACAGAGCAUCCAGCUGCUGCUGAACGUUGGUCUCAUCGUCAUCUCCAACGGUGAGGCGCUGUACCAGGUGUCCAAGAGCAAGCUGUGCUUCAUCAUCUGCUGCCUGGUGUGGGCGCUCUUCGGCUUCUUCAUCGGCCAGAUCCGUACUCUCCAGAAGUAUGGCUGGCUGGCCAAUUCCGCCGUCUGGAUCAACCUCAUCGUCAUCGGCGAACGCGCCCCCAACUACGCAGCCGCCUCGGCGUCGGCCGGUGCGGUCGUCAACAAAGCCCUCAUCACACCGGUGAAUGGCGUCUAUCCUCCCGUUCAGACGUCCGGCGGCCUACCCGAGGCGGGCAACUUCGUCGGCUCGCUCAGUGGCGCCAUGCAAGCUGUGUUCGCAUACGGCGGUGCCAUGGUGUUCCCGGAGUUCAUGUCGGAGAUGAAGCGGCCCAAGGACUUCUUGACGGCCAUGUGGGCGGCCCAGGCGUUCAUCUACUUCUGGUACAUGUUCUAUGGCCUGUUCAUGUACGGAUACCAGGGCCAGUACAACGUCAACCCCAGCUACCUGGGGAUCGGCUCGUACGACAUCUCAACGGCCGGCAACGUCUUUGCCAUGCUCAGUGCGGCCAUUGCGGCGGGUCUGUAUGGAAACAUUGGCCUGAAGGUCCUGUACAACCAAGUUUUCGUCGAGCUCUUCCGGUGUCCUCCGUUGACCACCCGGGGCGGCAAGUUGUUCUGGGUCAUCCUGGUCCCCGUCUACUGGGGUAUCGCUUUUGUUCUCGCCGCCGGUAUCCCCAACUUCUCCGGUCUGACCUCGGUAGUCGCUGCCGUGUGUAUUCUGCAAUUCACCUACAGCUUCCCGCCUCUUCUGGCUCUGGCGUACUGGGUGAAGCGCGCCGCGCUGCGAGACGGAGAGGGCUUCGACCCCGCGACGGGCCAGACCGUUCGCCACGAUCAGGGCAUGCGGCGCGUCGUCCGUGGUUUCUUGGCGCAGAGACCCAAGGAACUGGCCAUGAGUGUCUUCAAUAUUUUCUACAUCUUGGGGCAUUGUCGUUGGCGGGGAUGGAGUCUGAUCGAUGCGUUUGCGCAGAGCCGUACGACUUCGUAUACCUGCAAGAUCAACAUCUAA